AACUCACUAGCUAGGUGGUGCUGGUCGUUGAAUUCUUCUGGGCUGGAUGGUGGUGGGAAUCAGGCUUUAGAUAGGCAUCCGUGUGGGUGGCUUUCCUGUAGACCGAAUGUCCCAACGAGCCAUCAGGUCUCUUCUCGAUCACUACAUCCAGGAAUGGUAGCUUCCCAUCCUUUUCCACUUCCAUAGUGAAUUUGAUAGACGGGUGUAUGGAAUUGAUGUGGUUGAGAAAUUGGUUCAGUGCUGGCAGACCAUGUGGCCAGAUGACAAACGUGUCAUCUACGUAUCUCUUCUACAAGGAAGGACGUAGGGUGGAUGUCUGGAUGGCAUCUGUCUCAAAAUAUUCCAUGAAAACAUUCGCUACCACUAGCGAUAAGGGAGAACCCAUUGGGGUACCCUCAUCUUGUCUGUAGAAUGUACCAUUCCAGGUGAAGUAUGUGUUGGUAAGACAGUGCCUUACCAAAGUUGGUACAUCUGCAUUCAGUCCCUGUUGGACCAAGUGUUCAACGAUUGCAAUGGUGUCAAGUACAGGUGUAAUAACAGCCAUAGAGGGUUCACGUGGGGAUUGGCUUGCCGGUCCUGCUCGUAGCCAAUAAGGGUUGAGAUUGGGACCAUGGCCCAUGCGUCAUCACGACAGGUCAUCGGAAGUGAUUGGCCUAGCCAUUCGGGGCCCCAGCUAAUGGGGAGCCGGAUGAGGGGCGUGGUCCCGGGAUUGACAGGGAACCAUCGAGAAUGGUGAGAGCUGUCCAUACAUGAUUGGCUGGGGGAACCACGUGACGAAGGUCUUAAGAGUGAGCGAGAGGGAACGAUCGCGAGCAGACUGAAAAUAACAGAAGCAGGGUCACGUGCGGAGGGGGCCUCGGGUUGCCACGUGCGCGGAGGGAACUUCGUGCGGAGUCUGUCCUCUCUCUCCGUUGUCUGCCAGCAACGGAGAGUGAGUAAGGAAAGUGUAUGGUGGAGUGGAAAUAAAAAGGACUGAUUCCGAAGCCGUCUCCUGGAAGGUUAUUACACAGAUUUUCCUUCUUAGCUGCGGGAGGGGAGGAUUUGCUCGGUCGAGGGGGCCCUUUGGUGCAAGUGGAGGAGCUUUGGAUGAAAGGGGAGGAGCUUCAGAUGAGAGGGGAGGAGCUUUGGACAAGAAGGGAGGAGCUUCGGGCCGACGGAGAGAACGUCAGCUCUGGUGGAGGAGAGGUCCUCAUGGUCGACAUUAAAGCAGAGGACCUCCCUGUUGAAGGGGAGGACCCCCACAUCAAAUUGGAGGACACCUGGGGUGGCGGAGGAGGAGGAGGUGAGCCGCAGAAUGGCAAUGGUGACCUUCGGGCGAAAGCGGACGACCUUUGCGCUCGCCGGGACGGCGACGCGUGGCCGAGCGGUGACCUCGGCGUCAAGCAGGAGGACGUCCGGGCCGACGGGGAUGCCCUUGGUAGGAAAGUUUCGGAGCUCACGGUGGAAACGAGGCGACCGCCGGAGCAGCUUCGCAUCAAAAAGGAGGAGGAGGAGGACCUCCUCGAGGCUGACGCAGUGAACACCGUGGUCGGCGGCGAGAAGCCGCCCAUUAAACAGGAGGUCUUCGUGAGCGGUGGAAACGAGCCGCGCGUUAAGCAGGAGGAUCUCCACUUUGACAUCCGUAUCGACGGACGCAGCCCUCGGACGACGGGGCAGGCUCCGAGCAUUAAGGUGGAAGAAAUUUGUACAGAGGGGGGGCAGCGUCUCGACGGCAGCGUGCUGGACCUCCCCCGGGUUAAAGAGGAGGGCGUCCAAAUAAAAAAAGAGGACCUUCGAGACGACGGAGGAGAGGACCUGCGGGCCGGAGGUUCAGUUGCGAAGCGGGCGUUCCCAGAUGUGGUGGAGGUGGAGGUGAUGAUGGAGCACGUGGAUGAGAUGAUGGAGCACGUGGAUGAAGAGUCGAACGGAGCGGGCGAGACGGCCGAACGGGGAAAGCACCGCUGCUCCGUGUGCGCCAGGGAGUUCAGCCGGGAGCGUGGGCUCCAGGUCCACACGUGGCAACACUCGAGCCACCGCCGCCACCGUAAGAAGGCCCUGCAGUGCGACCUCUGCGCGUAUAGCACGAGGCUCAAGAGCGACCUGGAGAGGCACCUACGGACCCACCAUGACGACGAUGAGGAGGAGAGUUCGGCAAAUUGGGAGCCGUCGGCGCUAUCGACCGUCUCGAGACGCACGGCACCAAGUGGACCCGUCCCUCGUAACCGCCGUGCGACACGUGCUGCAGCGGAGAGUGGGCCCGUCUCUAAUAACCGCCGUGCGACACGUGCUGCAGCGGAGAGGGGGCCCGUCCCUAAUAACUGCUGUGCGACACGUGCUGCAGCGGAGAGGGGGCCCGUCCCUAAUAACCGCCGUGCGACACGUGCUGCAGCGGAGAGGGGGCCUGUCUCUACUGACCGCCAGAGGAAAGCCACAGCAGCAGAAGGUGAGUCCGUCUCGAAUAACCGCCAGACGAGACACGCACCGAAGAGGACGACGGAGGCGCACGAAGGGACGGAUAACGGAGGAGGCCCUGCGGAGGCGCCCCCCCGGGCGAGGCUCCACGAUUGCCCUACGUGCGGCAAGGCGUUCUCGCGCGCCGCCCACCUGCGGCGCCACUCGCGCGUCCACGCGACCUCGCGCCCGCACGGCUGCCCCGUGUGCGGCAAGGCAUUCGCCCACGCCGACGACCUGUCGGCGCACACCCGGGUCCAUGCGGCCGACCCCGGCGGGCACCCCUACCGGUGCGCCCACUGCGGCGCCUGCUUUCGCCGGCCCUCGCACCUCCUCGCGCACGAGCGGACGCACACGGGUGAGCGGCCAUUCGUGUGCGCUCACUGCGGGAGGGCGUUCGCCCACGCGGCCACCCUCCGGCGGCAUGAGCGGGCGCACGCAGGCGAGCGACGGCACGCAGGUGAGCGAUCGCACCGCUGUGACACGUGCGGGUCGCUGUUCUCGUGCAAGAGCCACCUGCGGCGGCACCACGAACGGAAGCACACGCGCGGCAGGGAACGCCACGCGUGCGCGCUCUGUCCCGUUGCGUUCUACUCGGAGGCGGCGCUGGCCAGACACGAGGAGCGCCACCUGCGCAAGGGGGCGGCUGGAGGAGCAAGGGGGGAGAGGGGUUACUGCGAAGCCGUCGGAGCGUCGGAGCGGCCGCGGAGACGGAGGAGCGGCCGCGGAGAAGCCGGCAACGACGACGUGGAAACGGGAGUAGCGCCCGAGACGCUCGCUGUGCCUGGGAAGCGACCGCUCCCUCCCCUCGCCCACCCCACUGACGGAGACGAGAAGCUGGCGUGAAAUGACCGGACCGGUAGCGCCGACUAUCCUCAACCUUCGUGUGCAUCCCGUUCCGUUGUAAUGCAUAAUGUACUGUAUGUGUGUUAAAUGUCUCUUUUGCACCGCCGUACAUAGCUGACCAUAGCUGAUUGUAGGUGCGGGGAGAAGAACAACAAAUCAAACACAACAACAACAACAACAAGCAGUUCUCAAGAAACAAGUUUGUCAAUCUCGAUUAUGACUUAACACAUUCCUGCGGAGGGAGCUGGUAGGAACGUUGGGUUGCUCGGUCAAUGGCCAGGGUCAACGGCGGCGUGGUGUAUUCCGCAAAUAUGCCCGACUGUGAGGGCGGGCACAAGCCGGCAUGAGUAGGUAAAACGUUGAGUUUUAUAAGGGCACCACGGGGUGACCAGCCCCUCCCCACCCAGCCUCACCCCUCCCACCCCCUACACAGCCCCACCCUCCCCACCCAGCCCCUCCCCACCCAGCCCCUCCCCACCUUCCCCACCCAGCCCCUCCCCACCCAGCUCCUCCAACCUGUUGUAUAUAUGAGCCUUUUUCCAAAAUUCAUGUUAAGAAUAAUUCGGCCAAUAUAUAUGUUUUUUAAUCAACCGCGGGGUAGCACGAGGCAAAGACAAAAUUGUAACAACCACCAUCACCACAGCUGCCUUUCGGAACAAAGAGCCUCCCUACCGCCUUUGUCUCCCAGCAACAUGUGGUGGCAAUAAAACUUCCAAAGACGAAUGUGACGCCCUCCCCUCCCACGACGGAAGGAGCCAGUCAUAAAAUCAGAACAACACACAAGUCCCGCCCCCCCCGACAAAGGAUAACGAAACAGACGUUUUUUUGGUUAACUUUUUUCAUGUUUCUUCUAACAACGGUAAAAGUUCAAAACUUGGCGACAAAGAUUAAGUGAACAUUAUCGAUCCUCACACUCCAAUUAAGAACCAGGCUACAAUCUACAUCAGUGGAUUAUUAUUUCCCAUUCAUUAUUUUAAUACUAAUGGCAUUUAUUUUUAUCUUUAUCUACGCGACCUGACCAAAACUAACUCGAGAACAAACAGCAACCCAGAAUGCAGGCUGUGGAACGAAGGUUAGUAAAACCCUAUGAAUAUACGUGGUAAUAACAAUGCUAAAUCACAAAUCUUGAAUAAACACAAACCAAAUAAUAAUUAUGAAGUAUUAGACCAAGGGUCGUCCAGGAGAAUGAAAGGCGAAUUAAGUCCAUCAGACCUAACCAAGAUGUAAUAUACUCCAUAGGAAAAGAGCCUCCCAACCGCCUUUGUCUUCCCACAGCACGUGAUAGCAAGAUUUGCACACAGGCAAAAAACAUCUCCCCAUAAAAGAGAGGGGGAAGGGGGCUGAAAGGACGCACGUGGGGGCAAUCUGGGACAGCUGCUUCCAUUGAUGAACUUAUAUUACCAAUAAAAUCAGAACACACACACGGACACACCGGCAGCUGUUUCCACAGGGGGGGGAGCUAACACAAAGAAUGGUUCCGGUCCUUUGUAAGAAGGCGUGCCAAGGGGAGAGAUUUUUUUCAGAUAUAAUCAGAGACUCGGCCCAUACAUUUCAGAAGCUUGCCAGCAGAAGGAGAAUCCAGCAGAAGAAGAAGACUGCAAUCAACCAGGAUGGUGAGGCUCGCUGAGUAGCAAUGUGUUACCCAGUGCGAGUUCAGCACCAACAGAAGUAGUAUCGCUCGAAAGUCAUUCUGCUCUGGGUACCAACUCCCACGUGCCACUGCAGUUCGAGUUGAGCUGACGAGAAUUCCAGCAUCGUCCUCGAGAAGAGGCGGAAAGCGCCAAACAUCGACCAAGCCAGCAUCACAGCACCAGCCGCGCUAUCGAGCAAGAGUGUCCGCGCCAGCGAGAGCGCCGUGUGUUCGAACACACACACCGACCUGCACCAGCUGGGAACCAGGACAUCCAGCAGCGGACGAGCUGUGCGCGCUGUCUGACGACGGAAUCAUCGCGCACCGCCAACGGCGAGCGUCGCGUCGACUCGUCAUUUAACAACAAACCCGCCCGGGCGACAGCGAGAGAGAGAAGCCGCUGUUCGUAUGCCCCUCCCCAACCCUCACAAGCUCACGACGCAGCGCCCGGCGUCUGCUUAAUACAAAGCAUUUAUCAAGGAGACAAUACACACAUGAACCAUUAGCUGAUCGUGAAGACAUUGGUGCUCAUUGAGUGAUAAAAAAAAUACGGUCGUUUAGAAGUACAUCAGUCGUUAUAUAUACUUUUUAUUUUAUUUUUUAAUCGCUUAAAAUUACCAAUAGAUUAAUCGAUGCAAACUAAACUUUUGAAACCUUCGUUACGAAUCUACACUCUCAAAGGGAGAAUAUUGUGUUAAACCUUUCUUUUGAACACCGAAUCUUGCCCAAGAAUUAAUUGAGGCUUAGCCAAAAAUUAAGUAUCUGCGUCAGCAGACACACACCACCGCACCCCAUUGUCCCAAGACAUUUCGUUAAUUAUAUAAUCUUGCCGAUGAAUCUAUUGACGUAUACCUUUGCCUUCGGCAUAUAAUAAUUUGCUUGUAUUGCCUUUCGUAUGAAUAUCGUUGCAUGCAUGUUUUAAGGACUUUCCCUAUCGCCGUAUAUGCUCGCGUUACUCGGAGGAAUGAAUCAACUGUUCGGUUGCCCAGUGAAACAACGCAAUCAUUGAUGGUUAAAUGUACUGCUCACCGAGGGAAAAUUCCCCGAUGAUACUGUGGAUAAUUCCAAGCAUGAGAGUUCGCAUAUUAGAGUGUUAUGUUUUUGUUUAAAAUUAAAAUUGUUUAACACAGAAGAGUGCUUCCUUCCUGAGUUCAUGCUUAAUAAUCUUAUUUAUAAGAACUAUAUCCUGCGUUGAGAUUUGAAUUUGGAGACCUGACAUAAACACACUUAGGCAUAAUCAGUAAAUGCUAUAGCAUGAAUAAUUGCAUUAUCCCGAUUGAUAUAAUACAACCCUAGACAACGAAGCUAAGCCUAAUUAUCACAACUGCCCACAUUAGCAUAAGCACAUACAUUCGCAGAAAUUAAUGAAAUUAGCCGCCUAAUUAGCAUAAUUACAUAAUUUAGCAUAAUUUUCGAUAAUGGCGCAUUUUUUCAAUCUUCAUUUAAUUUUUAUUAUGAAUUUUUUUUAAAAAGACAUACAACACUCCCCACCCAGCCCCUCCCUGCACGACGGACGGACACAAUAAUCCCCUGUGGGCUGGUGUAACCAGGAGGUUCCAUAUUCUUAGAAAAAACCAGGAGGUUCCAACCAGUAAAAGUUGCAUAGCUCCCAGUGGCGGCCCAAUAUCGGAACGAAGAGCAUUCCAGAAGGCCGCAGAAGCAGCGCAUCUGAAAGUGCGGUUGAUCAUCUUUGUUCGAUGGUUAGUGAAAAGCCGCUGCUACGAUUAUGACCGGAGUUUGCAUGAUGAUGGUUUAUGGAGAGACAAUGCUCAUUUGAUCAUAAACGAGUGACUUGAUUUAGUUUUUCCAGAUAAAGUUAUAGUUUUUUUAUCUAGGCAUACUCAUCACGUGACGAAGCAUCCAUUCAGAAGUCUCGCACAGCAAGUGCGUCACUGUGCGUGAGCCAACGGCCCGUGAAAACGAGACAUCACAGACCUCAUUAAGAGCCCUUUCAAGUGACCUCU